GCAACAGAUCCAGUAGGCAGCCUAGAAAAUCCAUUAUUCAAAUGGAUUUGGUUCCAAUGUAAGCAAGACCAGUGGGCUCAGGCGACCAAUCCGAAGAAUACAGAGAGUCACACACCAAACGAAAAUCGACAAUGUUGUCCACUCUCUUGAACCCAGUCUCCCCCGUGUUUUGAGAUCUCAUACGUGUUUGUUGCUCCAAUCUGUCGUCACUAUCAGAAUCUAAAGACCCAUUUCGGUUCGUACAAUUUUGACGAAGAUCAUGCCCUCAAUCCUUUUCUCCCACGUCAAUCUGAUACUUCAAGCUUUACUCGCUCUCUCUCUAACUACAAUCCUCUCUCUCCUCAAGAUCUCCACUCUCUUCCUCCAUGGCCUCCACACCUAUGUCCACCCAGACGAUGUCAGCCCCAACAACAGCUCUCGACAAGGUGGUGGUAUCAGAGCAGCGAUUCGAAGACCAGGCACAUCCGACGCUGACUUGAAGAAUAGGAAGCGAUCCAAGGAAAAGUUUGAGUUCGAUGAGAGCAAAGCUCAGAUCUUCAGGCUCAAACUCAAUGACAAUCACCUCCAAACACGAAUCUACUUCAGUGCGUAUCGAAGCGUUUUCAAUUUCACAAUUGUGGCCUGUUCGUGUAUGUUGCUUCACAAAUUUCUAUCUGGGUCGGAAGAUUCUGGGAUUUUAGCAAAUGGGUCUGUAGUGCCGAUGAUUUUAGGGUUUGUAUGUGUUUGUAGGGUUUUUGUAUUGAUUGCUAGGGUUUCGUUUGAGCGGUCUGCGACUAAGAGGUCGGAGAAGCAAUUGAGUGUUCUGCUGGGGGUUUUAGGGUUUCUCUCAGGGCUUGCUGUUGUUUUUGGAAUUGUUCCUUAUUUGUUUUUUGAUUUUGGGUUUGAAUCGUUUGAUGGGUUUGUGAGGUUUUGGAUAGCUGUUUUGAUGGGGUGCAUUGCUGGUUUGUUGUUCAUGCCGGCAGCAAAGAGUGCCCGUGCAUUUUGGAUUGGAUCGGAUCAGAUUUGUUGUAAUUUGUCUAUAAUUUCUUGUGGAUGGAUUGGUAGAAUGCUUCUUUAUGCUAAUUAUUUGUUGAUUGUCUUCACUUCAUUGCUUUGGGUUAAUCCGUUGGCCGAACUUCUGAUUAACAAAAGAAUGGAUGGGAGGAAAGGAUCACAUUUGAUUGGUAGUAAUGGAGAUUUUGAGGAGCUGGUUGGAAAUGUGGGUAUGUCGCGAGUUGAUUUUCAUAAGUUGAGGCUUUGGUGUUUGUUGUUUUCGGGACUUCUCCAAAUUGCAAGUGUGCGCCCGAAUUUGCAAAUGUAUUUGAACGAAGCAGUGUUAUGUUGGUAUCAGAGAUUGCACUCCAGCAAGGUUCCUGACUUGGAUUUCAGUCGGGCAAAGGUUUUUCUGCACAACCAUUACUUGUGUCUUGUGGCACUGCAGUUUUUUGUGCCACCAGCAUUGAUGCUUCUCUUUCUUGGAUUAUCUCAGAUUGAUGAUAACUUGUUUGACUCUUUCCAAUUGGGUACUGUUCCUAGAUUGCCCUUUAUAUGAGGAUAUGUUGCCAAUGCAGUGUUUCAUGGAAGCUGAUUACCUGAGAUGGAAUAAAAUGAUAAAUUCCUGGUCGAUGCCUAGUUUUUAGCCUGCCUAAUGUUGGAGAAAUACUUUAAUGCCACUGGUAUAUGGAUGACAUGGUAUCACCACCAACUAAUUAAAUGCUGACACGUAAUACUUUUUUUUUUUUA